AUGGGGCUGUACCUCGUGUUCGGCUAUGGCGCCUCACUGCUCUGCAACCUCAUUGGCUUCGCCUACCCCGCAUACGUCUCUAUCAAAGCCAUCGAGAGCUCCAGCAAGGAGGAAGCAACCACAUGGCUGACGUACUGGGGGGUGUAUGGCGUCUUCAGUGUAGCCGAGUUCUUCUCUGACACCUUCCUCUACUGGUUCCCCUUCUACUACGCUGGGAAGUGCCUGUUCCUGGUGUGGUGCAUGGCCCCCGUGUCCUGGAACGGGUCGCAGGUGCUCUACCACAACAUCAUCCGGCCCUGCUUCCUCAAGCACCACCAGACCGUGGACUACGUGCUGGGCACCCUCAGCACCAAAGUGCUGGAUGCAGCUUCCAGCAUCACCCGAGAAG